AUGGCGCCCCUCACGAUUGCCUCCCGCACCCUCGCGCGGUCCGCCGCCCGCUGCGCCAGCAGGACUGUCCCGGCCUGCGCCAUGAGCACCACGGCCGUCGCCCGCAGCGAUGCCUCGGCUAGCUACUCGAGCCCCUUCAAGGGCAACGAGUCCAAGGGCAACAAGAUCCCCAACUUUGGCCACUACAUCUCCAAGACCGCCGGCAACACGAACCAGCUCAUCUCCUACUUCAUGGUCGGCACCAUGGGCGCCCUGUCAGCAGCGGGCGCCAAGUCCACCAUCCAUGAGUUCCUCGUCAACAUGUCCGCAUCAGCUGAUGUCUUGGCCAUGGCCAAGGUUGAGGUCGACCUCGCCGCCAUCCCCGAGGGCAAGAACGUGUCCCCCGAACAGGUCAUCAUCAAGUGGCGUGGCAAGCCCGUCUUCAUCCGUCACCGAACCCAGAGCGAGAUCGACGAGGCCAACAAGGUCAACGUGCAGUCAUUAAGAGACCCCCAGGCCGAUGCCGACCGUGUCCAGAAGCCCGAGUGGCUCGUCAUGCUGGGUAAGUUCUCUCCAAGCUUUCCCGAUACCCCAGAAACAAACAACUUGUCCUCGGACGCGUGUGCUGCGAAGGUACCGGCGCCAUCUAUGGCCAGUAUAGCUGACGUUUUCAUUUCUUCUGCAGGUGUCUGCACUCACCUGGGUUGUGUCCCCAUUGGCGAGGCUGGCGACUUCGGAGGCUGGUUCUGCCCUUGCCACGGUUCUCACUACGACAUCUCCGGACGUAUAAGGAAAGGCCCUGCUCCCCUCAACCUGGAGAUCCCCGCCUACGACUUCCCCGAGGAGGACAAGCUGGUUAUCGGUUAA